AUGUGGUCUGAGACUGAGAACAUUGUGAGCGAACAAGUGACAGAGAGCAAGCAAGCGAGCGAGAGAGAGAGAGAAUAUUUGAAAAGUAGCUCAAAUAGGAGCCUUCUCUUUUGUUUUUCUUUCUGUGUUUUUCUGAGAGAUAUUUCAAGGAUUUAGGUCUCUUUGGAGGGCCAGUUGCCGUAGCAAUAUGGAGGAUGUUUUGAUAUAGAGAAACAGGAGGCGAUGGAGGGAGAGGAGAGCGAGACUACUUCCUGGUCUCCAGUGCAGAGAGAGAGGCUCUUAACCUGUAGAAACAUCUCUGAUAUCUCAGGGAAAAAACGGAAGCAAGGGACAGUGACUGGCAAUGCCUCUAGUAUCCAGCUCCCAGAAGACAAGCAGGUGGAUGAAGCCAUUGAGGAUUCUGGAACAGGAAAAGAUGCAGAAGAGCCCAGCAACAAGAGGGUUAAACCGGUUUCCAAGGGAACGGGCCUGGCGGGUCUCAUGGGCCCUGUCAAUUCGACCUCGCUGAAGCGGAUUGGCCAGUCUAUUUCAAGGUCAAUAAGUUUCAAGACAGACGCUCGUCCGUUCCCUGCAGCCCCACUGCGUCCGAGAGUGAAGAACACGCCCUCGACGAAGCGCAAAAACAACCUUCUGUGGAGCGACACGGUCGAGAGCAUCAGCGAAGAGCUCUCCGCAAAGGAGAUCAAACGACAGGAAGUAAUAUUUGAACUCACUCAAGGGGAGCAGCAGCUGGUCGAUGAUCUCAGUUUAGCCAAGAAGGCCUAUUAUGAACCAAUGCUAAAACUGGACAUCAUGACAGAGAAUGAAUUGACGCAGAUAUUUGGGACACUGGACUCUCUGAUCCCGAUACACGAAGACUUGUGGAACAGGCUACAGACCCUGCGGGGUUCCGAAGGCACAGUCCAUGAAGUUGGGCCGACACUGAUGGAAUGGUUCCCCUGCCUGGACUCCUACAUCACGUACUGCUGUAACCUGGUGGCAGCCAAGGCCCUGCUGGAUCACAAGAAGCAGGAACGCCGGGUUGACGAGUUCCUCCGUCUCUGCCAGGAGUCUUCCUUCAGCCGCAAGCUGGACCUGUGGAACUUCCUGGACCUGCCUCGCAGCCGGCUCGUCAAGUACCCCCUGCUGCUGAAAGAGAUCCUCCGACACACCAGCAGUGAGCACCCGGACCUGCCCCACCUGAAGGAGGCUAUGGAGCUGAUUCAGAGAAUCGUUGGGCAGGUGAACAGUAAGACCGGGGAGGCUGAGAGCCAGUACUAUCAGAGCAGUCUCUGCUUCCAGGACGACAAUCAGAGGCUCCCUGAAAUCCAGCACUCCCGCCUGCUGCACUGCCAUGGGGAGCUGAAGAACAGCAAGGGACAGAAGCUACAUGUGUUCCUGUUUGAGCUAGUGCUGGUGCUCACCCGGCCGGUCAGCCACAGCGAAGUGCUGCAGUUCCAGGUCUACAGACAGCCCAUUCCCAUCGCAGACCUGCUGCUGGAGGAGCUGCCUGACGGGGAGGUGGGGGGCUCCUUCAGGGGGGCUUUCACCUCCACCAACGACAGAGCUAAGAACUUUUUCCGUGUGAGCUCCAGAGGGCGUUGGAAGGGCCAGGCUCACUCUCUACAGGCCAGCGACUCGUUCAACAAGCAGCAGUGGGUCUCCUGCAUACGACAGGCGAUCAUUUCCUUCAAGGACCAGCUGAACUCCUCCCACCAAUCCCCCCUCAACCAGUCAGCGGACAGCUCCCUGGACGACAUCGCCGACCUCAGCAUAGACAGUGAUGACAAAGUGGGCGUCGACGUGGAAAUGAGCUGAUUCUCAUAGGAUGAGACCGGUCAUGUGUGUAUAUGAUUAGCAGAAACUAGAAACACUGGGUGCGUUCAUGGAGAUCAUUCUGCAUAGAUUCUGCGCAGAAUCUGACCAAUUAACCAAUUAUCUUCUAAGAAUGAUCUCCGUGAACGCACCCAUUGGCUAAAUUGGUCAGAUUCUGCAAAGAAUCUGCGCAGAAUGAUCUCCGUGUACGGACUGUAUUUCCUCAGGUAAAAUUGAGCUGACCUCCAGACCUCAACACAUUUUCCACACCACAAUUUAGGCAGCGUGCAUCUACUCUCUAUCCCACCAGGACACCUGGGGAGAACUAAAAUAAAAUGUACAAUAAUGACAGCACCCAAAAAAUCUUACCUAUGUAAUCUCUCAUGGAGACAUAAUUCAAAUAUACUGCAAUGUAUUCCUUUUCCACAUGACUGGGGUGGAAUGAGGAAGUAUGGUAAGUGUCGGUAGUUAGGAUUCUCCAGGCAAGCUCAAAACAAGCUCCAAGCCAGCCAAAGACACAAAGAAAGUCAUGGCAACAAUUGUUAAGCAACAGAACUCUAUGGGGCAUAUAAUAAGAGCAAUUUACAGAGAUUUGAAAAAAAGUUCUAGUAAUGGUAGGAUGGAAAUUUAUUUUUUUUUAAAAAUUAUUAUUCUCUUAGCAAUGUGUUCUUCUGGUAUUGCCAAUUAUUGUGUUUCUGUUUUUUAAUACAUUAUUGAAACUUAUUUUAAAACAGUUAAGCUCAGGACGGGUCAUAGCCACAGGCCCAGCUGUUGAAGACCAUUUCAAAUAGCCUGGGUUCAGACCCAAGUCACCCACAUUUAAAAUAAACCCUAAAUAUUAGAUUUAAGGUCAAUCUUGUCUGUUUCCCAGCCUAAGUGUGCAACACAAGACUAGAGUCCUCCAUGUCUGCGCAGUUAUCAUCACAAGACUAGAGUCCUCCAUGUCUGCGCAGUUAUCAUCACAAGACAAGUCCUCUGCGUCUGUGCAGUUAAUAGCUCCUCUGCGUCUGCGCAGUUAUCAUCACAAGACUAUAGUCCUCCCGUCUGCACAGUUAUCAUCACAAGAUUAGAGUCCUCCGCAUCAUUGAUGGUUCUUAAUUCAAAUUGCAAAUUAUAUCAUUUAAAAUGAACCAAUGUUGUCAUUUUCUUUUUCUUUUAUUGAUUCGGAAUGUAACUUUAAUAAUUUAGGUUAGAUUAAUCAUUGCCCAAAACAUUCUCGAGGGAGGGGAAACCCUGUAAAGGAUCAUUAAUUAACAUUUCCGUACUGUCGAGUGAUUGAAAACGAGACAUUUUGUGUUUGAAUUGAAAGUGAUGGUCUCGAGGAGUCGAAUGGGUCAAAGUUCAAGUAUAUUUUCCUCUAGAGGAAUUAUCACUUUUUGACGUCACUAUUGUGGUAUUAUCACUUUUUUUUUCGAAUGGCUCAGGAUGCAAAUAUAGCCUUCAUCCAUGUAUAUUAUAGAUACUAUAGAUCUGAAGCAAGACUUGCAACUUGUGCUGUUUCUGCUUUGCAGCUGACUACUGGACAAACUAACCCACAUCCUAAGGCAGUUUCGAGUCUGCUUUAAUUACUACACCAUAUUACCGUGUGUAAAUAAACUAAUCUGCCCUUAAAAAAAAAGAAUGCAACUUGAUUGCCCAUGUGUCAUGCAUGUAAAGAUGUGCUCUACACACACGCGGAUCAAGCAGCUGCAUUGCUGAGUCAACUCCAGCUUGCAUCAAACUGCAUCAUGGGAUUAGUCUCUAGUGUGAACAGAACAGGGAGCAAAGCCGCAUUAACUGCUCCCGGAUUGGACUGCCAGAUUCAAGUCAUGGAUUCAUUUUCCUUGUGUCUGGAAACAGUAUAGGGCUAUUUGAAAUGGUCUUCUUUAGCAUCGUGUGGCUUCUGAACCUUUCUUUAAGUUUAAUGAUGUAAAAUAAACAGAAACAAGACAUGAACUGGAAACCAAAUAACAUGAAAGACAAGUGGGUGAGAGAACAAUCCGUCUAACCCCUUCUGUUUUAACUUCAUAGAAAAUAGUGUUGUAUAUGAGAAAAUAAAGUCUAAUAAAAAAGAAAGUAUUUGUUAUAAAGCUCCCUCUAUAUAUGUAUAUAGGAAUCUUAUCAGUAUAUGUGUAUUAUUAAUGUGGCUUAUUAAUCAAAAGCAAGAAACAGAAAUCAUGUGAAGCGCACUUCAACUGCAUAUCUGCCGGUGCUGUAAUAUAAUAUACAGAUGUGGUUCCAAAUAGGGCACCAGGGCAAUGAAUCAAGCGAUGAAUGUUUAAUUAAAAUGCAAAAUAAAAGCCAUACUGAUCAGUGAGCGAUUCAUUGAUUAAUUGUUGCAAGUUAUAAAGCAGGGCUUUGUUAAUGCAACUCUGCUUUGUUUGGCAGGGAAGCAGGUGUUUUUCAGCCUCAGACUCAUCGAAGGCUCAACCGCCACACACCAGAUGCGAUGUGAUUUUUCAUUAGGUGUCAAGAUACUUUCACUGCGAUAUGACCACACACACCAGAAGCGACACAGAGAUGAUGCGACAAAUUGGAAAACUGCCAGAUCAAUAAAACUUAAACAAAAUUGCUAUUGUCAAAACUAUGAUCAGUACAUAUUCCUCAACAUGGUGUAGUAAUUAUGAGUGCCUUCUCUGAUUGGUCAAUUCCCUAGUUGUUACAUGAAUAAUUGCAAAAAAUCUUCUUCCAUAGACACCGUAGAGCUUGCAUACACCAUUGACAGCACACAACUGGGUGUGGAGCGCAUAAUACUAUACUUCAAAUUGCUAUUUGUAAACUAGCAGGAAACUUGUCUCAGAUCUAGGACCCAGUCACUGAAAGAUACUCGUACUGUGUAGUACUGAGAGCAUUUCUUUACUAAUUGCAUCAAUCUGGACUUGCGAGGCAUAUGUGUGCUGUACAGAUUUACUGUUUUGCGUCAAGGAGUCUGUGGGCAAAUUGCCCAUGUAAUAAAUGUACUAUGGAGGUGUAAUUAUCAUGCGAUUUACCCAUUGAGGAAAAUCUAGAUUAAUAAGUCGUAAUGAACUGGCAUCUCAGAAAACUGAAUUGAAUGGAAUGGCAAAGACGAACGCCUUACCAGCUAAGCUUUGUAGUCAAGAGGCAAGUACAGAUCUUAUACUGAUGAGUGUUAACUCCUGAGCCACUAGGAGAUUCAGUACAAAGUACUAGGAAUGUGUUGUAACUUGGAGUACUUCCCUUUUACACGUUUUAGGUUGUAUUAUAUUAUACAAUAGAAUAAACCCUUUUAAAAAUGAGUUACACAAAAAUAAAGCAAAGCAUUGCCUCGUUUGGUACUGAACACUUGGGUAGACAAGGGCGAUCAAUAGCAAUCGGAGUGUGAUUUAAUAUAGACUCGUGAUCAAACUGAAACCACUCUUUUGAUUGUUAGUCUUACCUUUCUUUUAUCCUUCCGAUAUGAAGUCAUUUUGUUUCACUUCCUGAUUUUCACUUUCCUCGAUUCCAUAGAAAUGCGUCUCUCAAUAUGCGUAUCAUCUUUACAGUAUGGGAUUGUAAUCCUGGGCAAGACUUAACCUCAGAUUAAAUUUGACAAACAACUGCAUCUCCCAGUAUACAGCACCGGUAGAUAAUUCAGUCAGAGAGAUUACAGUGCAUAAAUUAAUUGCCAUUGAUUGGUACUCAAUUGUACAGAUGAGGGGGAAGGAGAGAAAUGCAGCUUUUCUGGUUGCGAAAUGAACACAUUUUUAAAGGCGUGUUUAUUUAAUUCCAUGUUAAAGGAAAAUGCUUGUAAGCCUGAGUACCUACACAUCCCUGUUUUAUAUCGCGUGUAUUACACAGCAGCGCUGCGGCGACACUGAAUGCUGAGCAGUUUGGUAGCUGUGGUAACCACUCUUUGGUGGGGUGCUGUUUUGAGUUUUAAGAGUAUUUGAAAUGUUUAUUCUUUAGAAAUGUUUUAUAAAGUGUCCUGUGUGUUCUAUUUUUUCACAUUUGAAUAAAAAAUAUUUGUUUU